CUAUAAAUAAGCAAAACAUCAUGGCAGUGGACAGCUACAUCAAGCACAUGUUUGGGCCUGGAGCCGACAACUUCGUCCAGUCCAAGGUUUUACUUGUCGGAGCUGGCGGAAUAGGGUGUGAACUACUCAAAAACCUAAUUAUGAUGAACAUCGGUGAAAUUCACGUUUUAGAUUUGGAUACGAUUGAUUUGUCUAACUUAAACAGACAGUUUUUAUUUCGUCACAAAGAUAUCAAAGAAUCUAAAUCGAAAACGGCCAUAAAGGCUGUUGAGUUUUUCAACUACACAUCCAAGCUCGUAUCCUAUCAUGGCAGUGUGCUGGAUAAAACCAUGUUCCCGUUAUCUUUUUUCCAACAGUUCAGCGUCAUCUACAACGCCUUGGAUAACUUAGAAGCAAGGUUUUACGUGAACCGAAUUUGUCUCUAUCUCAGUAUACCACUUUACGAAAGCGGAACCACAGGUUUGAAAGGACAAGUGCAACCUAUAUACCCAUACAUCAGUGAAUGCUUCCACUGUGUUCCCAAGGAAACUCCUAAAACUUUCCCGGUUUGUACUAUUCGAUCUACCCCGUCGAAACCGGUUCACUGCAUCACCUGGGCCAAAGAUUUCUUGUUCUCACAGCUUUUCGGGGAAGGAAGUCCGGAAGAUGUGCCAACCCCAGAUGCCUCUGAAUUCACAAGCAAGGGAGAAGCAGAGGCUUCUGCUAAUGAGAUAAAUGAGCUUUCUGAUUUGAGAAAAUUGGUUGAUUUCUCUAAAGCCGGGGAUCAUGAUUUUGCAGUCGAAGUAUUCAAUAAAAUCUUCAUCACUGAUAUAGAACGUCUUUUGAAGAUAGAGGAUUUAUGGAGAUCAAGAGAAAAGCCAUCCGUUUCCAAGCUGGGAGAUUACGAGCAAUAUUUAGCAUCCUCUGAGGAUGCAACCAAAAACAGAAUAUACGAACCUGACGCUUCAGAACAAUCCAAUGUUGAAAGCAUCAUCAAGACCUAUGUUGUGUCCUGUUUGAGGUUAGCGGAUCGUCUACGCAGUGGUGAAAAGUUAGAGUUUGACAAAGAUGAUGUUGAUACGUUAAGAUUUGUGAUGGCCACAUCCAAUAUCAGGUCACUUAUUUUCCAUAUUCCUAUCAAAUCUGAAUUUGAUGUCAAGCAAAUUGCUGGUAAUAUAAUUCCCGCAGUGGCUACCAUGAAUGCAAUAAUGGCUGGUUUUUCUGCUCUUUCGAGUGUCAACUACUAUCUUGAAAAGACCAAUGAAGAAAGAGCUGCCAAGUCCAAAAUGCUCUUUGAUUCUUCCGCAACAGACAAAGUGGUCAACUCAUCCAAACUAGCAAAACCGAAUCCUUCAUGUAGUGCAUGUUCAAUUGUUAAAGGCACUGUAGAAUUAAAUUUGAAAGAACUUAAAUUGUCCGAUUUGAGAGAUUCCUUGAUUGAAAAAUACAAAUAUGAUGAUGAAGUUGAAAUCAUGACUUUAGAUGCGAGAUUGUUGUAUGACUUUGAUCUUGAAGAAAAUCUUGAAAAACCUUUGUCUGACUUUCUUGAAGAUGGUACGAUACUGCUCAUUAGUGACUCAGACGAACGUCUGGAUAUGAUAGAACUCUACAUCAUUGAUAACUUUGCAUCUUCCGGAAUAGAUCUUCCAAAUUUGACGAUACCUCCUAAAAGGGUUAUCGAAGAUGAUGGUGAGGAAGGAAACCUAGAUGAAGACGAAUUGAUUGAGGAUGGAUUAUUAGUUGAAGACAGGAAAGACGAAAAAUCAAAUGAUGGUAAUCAAAAUGUUAGUUCUGUUAUCAUUCUCGAGGACGAUAAUAUUGGCGAAGAACCUGCUGCCAAAAGGCAAAAAAUUAACUAAGGUGUAUUCUUUUAGUAUGUUUAAUCCAUUAUUAAAAUGUUGUGGUUUUACUACUUUACAUAAAAAAAAAUACGUAGCGGAAAUGAAAAAAGAAGAAAAAAAUUUAGAGAAAGACACCUAUUAUAUGU